AUGGUUGGCACAGGGCAGAAGGAGCGGGGCAUGGCAAAUAGAAGUGUGGUGCUAUGGGCAGGAAGAAGCAUGUGGGCAAGGAUGCCAAUGGGGACGAGGCAAACAAGUCUGAUUAUCUCAAGUCAAAGCUGUGGUGUGUCUGUUUGCCUCUUUGCGGUUCAUGGCUGCACUGCCGGUGUUGAGUGCGAGCACAUGUGCAGGUGGUCCAGGUUCCUACUCAUGAACACCGGCAAGCUGGCACGGUGCAUUCACUGUGAACUGCCUCUUCACCCUGCUGCUCCUAGGCAAGCACUUCUGCACUUCACCAUCAUGCUCUUGUCCAACCCAUCCAAUAUGUGCCCCCCUCCUGCGGCACUGCUCGAGGCCAUCAAGCAGUGCAUCUUCAUCAUGUACUCUGUUAUCUAUGCCGCUGGCACCGUCAUCUUCACCGGCUUGUCAGAGCGUGGCGAGUGGGUGGACAUUGGGCUCUGCCUGCUCUUUGGCGGGUUCACGGUGCUCGCAACAAAGGGCAUGUCGGUGCUGCUUAUGAUGGAAUACAUAGAGAUAUUUGCAGAGUGGAUCACAUAUCCUAUUCUAGCGGUUCGCCCUCCCGCCCCUUGCGCAUUUUUCGCUGCAUCGUGCUGA